GCGGCGUUUCCUGCGCUGAUAACGCCGUCGGCCCGCACGAGCUCGGCGCCCAUAUACGAUGGUCUCAAAGUGCGCUCCGCCGACCCCUACAGCCCCUGGCCGGCGUUCUACGCUAUCGUGGCGCCUCUAUUAAAGGACGACGGCUCCCCGAACCGCGGCGUGUGCAUCUUCUCUCUCUGCUACGUGGCUCGGCUCCUUUCGGUCGGCGCUAGGCGGCCGGAACACCUGUAAGCAGCGCGCACCGUCCGGCGCUCGUCGGGUGACUGUGACAACGCCGGCCUUCAACAGCCGCUCCGGUCUCUCCCGCAAGGCAGGCCCACCGCUGCCGCCUCACACAGCGAGGACUACAAAGCGAGCCUUCGCUCUCCGCAUCGGCCGGCUCGGAGCCGCGAACCCUUCCUCUCGAGAGGCAUUGUUCUCGGGAGUGCAAGCGGCGAAACCCCUUGGAGAAGAAAGUACACGUGACACCUGCGACGCCGUCAGUUCCUUAUUACCUUCGCACAGCAGCGGUGCAGUAUACGAGAGCGAAGCUGCUUCGCAGGAAGGAAGUAAUGGAGUGCUACGAGGACCCCGAGAACCCGGGCCAGGUUUACGUUCGCCUCCUGCGUCAGGACCUGCUGGAGGAGCUAGUGUUGUCCAAGAAGCGCGGAAGAUUGGUCGUGAUCUUGGUUGACGAGGAAUUCCUCGUGUACCGGCCGACCAACGGCACCAAGAUGAUCUCUCCGCCUAACGUCGACCUGCUGGUCAAGGACAUCUCCAAGGCACUCGGCCGAGACCGCUGGAACGCAGCGGGCAGCAGCCACGCGACGAAAGAUUCGUCGGUGCACAUCUUCACGGACAUGGACCUCUACGAACUCGCGGACUUGCUGGCGAAGGAACUGGACAUUAGAGUGUUCUGUCAUUUGUUUCAUCGGAUAAGGUGAUUCCGCAGACUUUUUUCAGCGCAACGUUUCGUUGCGACCAGCGGUGCAUUCGACAUCACGAUGGGACCAACAUUUCUGUGGGCGUCUGCCGCCGGAAAACUGAACUACACGGCAGCCCGAACUGGCAGCAAGCAGCAGUCGAAGGCCUCACUGAGUCCCACAGCUGUGCGCACGGCUACGCAAUGCAAUUGUCGCAAGGUUGAGAGAAACUUUAAUUUGUUCGUCGCAUCUGCUGUCAGAAUGCUAGUCCGGGCAGCUGUACUUUGUUGUAUUCUCAGCAGCGGCAUCGGUCAAUGUGUCAAGGGCGGCCGCCACGUGUUCAACUCACGGAAUAUUUUUUUAUCGACUUACUGGGUGGCGUGAUUGUAUAUGUGUAUGCGUGCAUGAUUGCGUGUGCUUCGUGUCCGAGACUGACCGUGAAGCCGUGUUGAUCAUGCCGAAAGAUCGUGAUUUUGAGGGUGGCGGUGCGUGAAAAGAACCUUCGAGGGGUGUAACUGCAUCGCCGCCUUGAUGGGCGUGCCUUGCGCUAAGGUGCAUUCGAGUGUGGAAAUACGCGCCGUGUCAACAUGUGUGAGACCAUUGCAGCGGCCUUCCUGCUAGACGCGAGACAACGAGUCUAGCAGGACAACGUGCCUAGCGAAAACCACUACGCGUGCAAUUCUUUUUUCUUCUUCUUUCGUUUCUUCUCUAUCGCGUUUUUCUUUCGGCAGCCACCAAUGGUUGCGUAUGACGAGGUCGAGAGAAAAACGAGAUGCCUUGCCUGUUUUCAUCCAUUGUUUCCUUCUAUUUUUUUAAAUUUUUUUGCCUGUGCAAUGGCUUUGGCACAGGGCACAGCGUAGUUGUCGAACGCAUGGAGGAAGUCUUGCCCUGCACUGGAAUUCCUUGCUGGUAAUUUUUUUUCAUUUGGUCUUAUUUACCCUUUCUCUUGAUUAUCCACGUCACAUUCUUUUGAGAAGGAGAUCUAAACAUGCCUAAUUUACACCUUACACUAUGUUUGUGGAGCGAGAGUGACCAUGCCAAAUGAAAGGUUGAUUAUGUUGGAACAAACACCGUUCAUCACGAGUAUCCCAUCUAUGUCAAUCAGUGCAUUAUCUAGUCUCCUUCUGCAUGCAUGCUGAGGCUCUAAGGUUUUCGGGAACAUUUCGGAGCUUUCGAAGAAUCCGGAGGACCAGUCUCAAAGGAAAGCAGUCAAAACAAAGCAGCUUUUGACAACAAGAGCCUGCAGAAAAAAUCGCACGUACGAUCUUCUCUCCUGGUGCAAUAUUCGAGCUAAAGAAACCCGACGCAUUUAUCCCUCUUUGAUGUCACAACAACACAUGUGAGUGCCUGUUAUGGUAACAGUGAUCUCAAUGUUAAAUUUUGUUGUUCUUUGUAUUUAUUAGAAUUGGCUCUGCAUUCGGGUUAUGGGCAGUCAUACAAAAGAAUCAAACCCUCAAUGACUAAUAUCGGGGUGCUCUCUCGUAAAAAAAAACAAAUUAUUUUAAGAUUCCGAGAUGUUUUAGUUGCUGCCCUGCGCUGCUUUUGUACUUUGCUUCAUUACACUUCGACUUCUUCCUCUUUUAUUUUCUUGCGGACUUUUAAGAUUUUGGUGCACUUUCCAUCGCUGGUUGCGGAACUGGAGUUUUAAUGAGUCAUGCUUUUGUUUCAGUGAACUAGGUCUUCACAAACAAAAUAGUAAUAAUAAUAGUCAUAAAUUGUUGAUUUAGUGCUGCACAUGCACACACAAGCACCAACGAUGUUUUAGUCUAUUUAUUUUCUUAAGCACUGACUUUACCAUGGAUUUCGUACAAGGCGAAUAAAUGAUCUAUACCUCCUUGA